GCAACCAAAACGCGCUCCCAACGCUGCGCUAUAAGCAAACAUGCCAGUUACUCGCAUGCCUGUAUGUAUGUAUGUAUUUGUGUGUGUCAUGUGUGCGUUGCCUUCCAACUUCGCUCACACACCCCUAAAACGGUAGCGCUGCUGCUGCCAUUGUUGUUUGUGCUGUUUGUGUUGUUUGUCGUUUGGCUGUCGGUAGUGGAGAAGUCACUAUCAACAGCCCCCCAAAAAAAAGCUUGAUAAACACUGCGUAACCAUUGUAUGCGAGCAUUACGAGCAACGCUACGACUUGGCGCGCGUCUAUAGCAGUGACGCGCUGCAGCGCAGAAAGUGUUUUCCGAUUUUGUGUAUUCGUGUAUACUACGCCAUGCCGAAGUUGCGACCAAACAGCUGGAACUAGUUGACGGCCGGCAGUGGAACGAGUAACAUUGAAUCGGUUGGCUGGUCUCUCUGGUAGCAAAACGGCCACGACGCACGGGCGUUUACGUAGAGCCUUCGCACUUUAAACAUAAGCGGCUUGUUGUGUGUCGAAUUUGAAGUGGUGCAAAAAGGAAUUAAUAAAAUCUAAGGAAUUCGAACGCCCAUAUAAUACACGAAGUGGAAGUUAGUCGGUAGGAAAAAUUAGUGGCGUUGAAGGAAUAAAGAAAAAAUCGUCAAAUUUUGUGAAUGUUGUGGAUGUGUAUGCGAAGUUUAGUGUUUUUCGUGUGUUCGCGGUAAUUUACGUGAUAUUUGGGGUUGAUCGGAAGUGCUGACUGCGCUGUCUACUUAUAAAAUUACAUAGAUACAUACUUACAUACAUAUACCGUUGCGUCGUUAAUUGUAUAUGUAACGCGCGCCGUCUUCCGUGCAUAAAUCACCGACAGCGCGUGCUUCAGUUCGAGUGUGUUUGUUUGUGUUUUCCGUGGCGCAUAUUUCAGCAACUGCCUUGUCCGCGCGCGCUUACAAAACACUCGACCGCCGAAGAUGAGUGUUGUGUCGACUUUGCUGGCUCAACAAGUCUACAAUUGGCAGCUGGAGGAUUUUGCUUGUUUUCGCAAAUGCGGCGAAAUCACCGUGUCCCCAGAUGCGCAAACCUACGGCAUGAAUUGUCGCUUCUGUGCCGGCAUUUGUCUGCAAUUCGACGUUUUCAUCGAGCACAUACGCGAGGUGCAUGCGGAGCGUGUGAGCGCGCUCUAUCAGCAAACGGACGCGUGCGGUGGCGAGGCUAAGUGUGAGCAGAGCACGCAAACACCAAACGAAACCGAAUUGGAAACCUAUAAUGAUUAUGAUGACGACGCUGCCUUCAUAGCUGCCAUUGCCAAUCACACUGCCGACGGCGACCGCGGCGACCACGACGAUUACGAUAUCGAUGUAGAGUGCAUUGAUGGCGGUGACGAGUGCGCUUUCAAUUGCAACUAUAACAACGCCGUUGUACGCGACGCCGCCGCCGACGCCAACGUUGGCAGUGACACUGACACCGACUCCGCGACUAAUGCCACGGCACAAGUUUCGCCCCCACCGCGUCGCUACCCACAGCGCCAUCGACGUCGCACAGCUGUUGUAAAUGGUAGCGCCGAAGAAGAUAAGCCGCGCAAACUAUGCCGUUGGAAUGAAGCGCCGUCAGCGAAAUAUAAUGGGACUUUGGGUAAAUACAAAACACUCACCAACACAGAGACGCCACCAACACCGGCACCGACACCAUCGCCCUGGACAACGCCAGUGCAAAAUGUUAAAGACGGCAAUAACACUGUGCACGCGUUUGAAAACGAAAGCGAAACGGCGACCAUUGCAAUGGACACACUCGACACGCUCGACAUUAGUUUGGCGGCGCAAAUAGACAUGAACGCUUUGCUGUGCGACGACGACGACGACGGCGACGACGAUGUGGAUAUGCAGGCGCACAACAGUGUACCGGAAGCGCCGCAAGCGCAAGUGGACUUGGUGUAUAUAAUGGAAAGUGCAACGCCAGAUGGUGUCAUCGAAGAGGAGACCGUGGUCGAUCCAUUCGAAAUGGCGCAAGGCUGGCGGCGUUCAACAGAUUCAUCGGAGUGUCCGGAAAAUGAUGUACCCAGUCCAUAUAGCAACAGAGAAUUGCGUAGAAACCUUAUAGCAUUACCGUUGAACUCAUCGAAAACGCAAAAUGGCGAAAAGCCCUUGGUCAACGAGAAUGAGCAUAGCACCGAAGUGAUCUUUUACCUGCUUGAAGCGUACAAAAAGAAUGAAAAACUGUGGAAUCCCAAUCAUUCGCAAUACAAAUACAACGCAAAUCGUAAGAUGUUCGAGGAAUUGUCGCGCCCACUAUUGCGAGAUAUGAACUACUCAUUGGACGGCUCAGAGAUCUAUGCGAUCAUUAAGAGUCUACGUUCACGCUAUCGACUAGAAUUGGCUAAAGCGCGCGAACGCAAGGGCAAAUAUAAGACACGUUUCAAAUAUUUCGAGAAAAUGGAGUUUCUCCGUGAUAUUAUCGAGAAUAAGCGUGCUGCACGUAGAGUCAAGAAACAAUUAGAUACUGAUAAAUCACUUGAUGAAGACUGCACAGAAUCGACACGUUCCACACAUAAUCGUACCGUACUUACUUAUCUUUUGGACGCAUUUCGUAGACAGGAAGCGCUCUGGAAUCCGCAGCACCCCAACUACUUACUAUGUAAUAAGAAUGAACUGAUGCGUGAGAUCUCAAUAAAUUUGCUGCUGGAGAAAGAUGUUAACAUGACCGCCGAUGAAUGUGCCACCGAGAUACAAAAACUACGAACGCGCUUUCGGCGCGAAUUACGUAUAGUACACGAACAAAAAGGACUGUAUGCGCCAAAAUUAUGGUGCUUUGAACAAAUGGAGUUCCUGCAGAAGAUCUUCGAGGAUCAGUUGUGCGAUCGACUAAAAAAGCGCAAAGGUGUUAUCGCUUGCAAACCAAAGAUACAAUAUUUAAAAGCUAAAACUAUCGAGUUUAAAAGUAACGAUGAUCAUCUGACAUUCAUUGAGAUCUACAAGAGCUAUUCAGCGCUUUGGGAUGUCGAACACCCCGACUAUCGUUCGACCACAUACCGCAAUGAGGAGCUCAACCAAAUGCUCGAGGAGGUUAAUCUGAUGCUUGGCAUUGAUAGUACCUUGGAAGAAUUGCAGAAAACCUUAUAUGAGAUGCGUAAAGAGUUUUCAGCCGAGAAGCAUAAGCGUCUAGUCGAAACCACACAAAACAACACAACGCCGCCACCACCGCCACCGUCAAUUAUACAAACGAAGCUGAUGGAAUUUCUCGAUGUUAAUCUGGGACCAUUUCGCUGUGAUGUUUGCGCUGAACUAAUUAAGACCUCCGAUCAGUAUAAGAUUCAUAAGUCUGGCCAUGAUGGCAUGCAACCAUUUAUUUGCACACUUUGCGGUAAGGGUUUCCAAAUACCGGGCAAUCUAACCAUACACAUACGUCGUCAUAAAGGUGAUUUUCCGUAUGCUUGCGAAGUAUGCGAUAAGAAAUUUGCUACAUCAACCGAGGUCGCCAUUCAUAUGCGUAGUCAUACAGGCGAGCGCCCUUACAUCUGCAGCUUCUGUGGCAAAUCCUUCAAAACUUGGUCCUUUUACGACACACACCGACGCGCCCACCUCAACCAGUCCAACUUUCAUUGUCCCAUCUGUGACAAGGCCUUCUACGAGCGCAAUCGUUAUACGGAUCACAUGAAUGGCCACUUGAAUAUACGUAAACAUGUUUGUGAUGUGUGCGGCAAGGCCUACACCACAUUCGCCAAUUUGAAGAAGCACAACGAACUGCAUUUGCCAGUGAAGAAGUACAAAUGCGACAUUUGCGGGCAGCGUUUUGCGCAAUUCGCCAGCGUGCGUUGGCACAAGCGUAAAACGCAUGCGCAACAGAUGGAACAGUGAUGUGGGUGAAAUUAGUAGCCUAUUGAAGAUUGAAGUGUAUAUAAAUGUGGCAUUUUAAAUGUUGGUAAAAUAGUGCUACUUCACUGCUGGUGGUUCAAACAAAGUUUAACUUAGUUAUUAGCGUAUUCAAUAAUUUAUUAAUUUUUAAUUUUAAAAUUUAACGUUAAAUGAAUCCUAAAUAGAAAAUGCCAGUAUAUAAAUAGUUAGGAAUACAUAGAUAUGUAUAUAGAUACGUACAUAUGUAAGCAAGCGUGUACUUAGCUUGUUGAUAGUGAGUAGUCGGUAGUUGUUAGUUGUUAGUAAAAUAAACAAUUACGAGUAUUAUGCACACAAUCAAUUUUAAAGUGCCUUUAGCGGUAUUUACGAGUAGUAGACCACAACACAUACUCACAUACAUAUACAUAUAUAAUGUAAAUGUAAACACCUGUACGUAAGCUGCCAGCGCAUUUUGAAUGCUUUUUGGAGUGGCCUCUACUAAAAGUUUGCAAAAAUAUAUUAAAAACAACAAUAAAUAAUAUAAUGUUGCAAUUGUUGUUAAGUAGUCAAAAGUAACCUCACUUAGCAUUUAGAACAAAAAAUUUACACACGUUACUUCGCGCCAUACAUAUUUACACUUAUGCACUUGCACACGUUUACGCGCUUAAACAAAUGCAAAAACAAUAGAAUUUUUAUCUAGUGUCUAAAACGUCAUACUCCGACAAAUAAAUCGAGCUACUUAAAAAAAGACUAGCACAAUUCAAGAUUAGUUACAGUAGUUACCGUACGGUUGUCACUUGCGAAACUGAAAGCAGUUUAAAAUGCACACGUCAAAAUACAUAUCGACAGCUAAAAUGCAAAAUCACGUAAAAUCACUUUUUAUAAGUUUACAGGCAAAGGAAACACGUUAUAAUGGAAGCCACUCAUAUUGAAGCAAAAUUUGAGUUUAGGUUAUAAAAUGGUUACAUAACGGUUAUCAUACACUCAUAUUGAAGUAAAACUGAGUUUUGAUUAUAAAAUGGUUAUAUAACGGUUAUCAUAUACUCAUAUUGAAACAAAAUUAGAGUUUUCGUUAUUAAAUGGUUAUAUGUAUAUUGGUUAUCCUACAAUUUUACGGAAACAAAAUUUGAGUUUUGGUUAUAAAAUGAUUAUAUAAUAUUAUAUAUUGGUUAUCCUACAAUCAUAUUGAAACAAAAUUAGAGUAUUCGUUAUAAAAUAACCAAUAUAUAGGUUAUUACAUCUGACAAUGAUUUUAAAUUUUUGUUUGAUAACACGUUGUUUUGCAUUUUAGGUGACGAUAAACAUAUGUACACUUAAAAUUUUUCUAUUGAAACCCAUUAUAAGUUUUUUUAAUAUAAUUUCUGAAUUUUUUUUUACCUUUUCUAUAGAGUAAAGAAGUUUAAGAUGUCACAUAGGUUUCCUCGGGUAAAAAACAACCUUUUCAACAAUUUUUUCUCAUAUAAAAAAUUAAAUAUUUUAUUAUUUUUUUUUACAAUUAUUUGUUUUUAUUUUUAUUUUUAUUAGAAAUAUUUUAUUCUUUUUUAUUUAUUUUUAUUUUUUUAUAUUUUUAUUGUUACAAACAUACACUAUUAAUAAAGAAAUUCUAAAAUUUUUGGAAAAAAAUAUUUUAAACUCGGCCAUUGCGAUUGCCUCGGAAAAGAGAUGCGCCCACGUUGGCAGGAUAAUUCCUGACAGGAUCAUCCAAUGUGAAAAAAUACGUGUUUUAGUUAAAACCUUAACUUAGAACUUGGAUGAAGGAAAAAAAACUUAAAACUGAUUUUUGGCGGACAUUUUUCAAAAAAAAAAUUCAAAUUUCGCAACAUUUUUUUUUUUCAAACGGUUGUAAUCGAAAAAAAAGUUCUUCGUCCAAGUCUUUAAGAAUUGUAUCUCAAAGAACUGUGUAAAAUUUCAUGAAGAUCGUUUGAGCAGUCCCCGAAAAAUCUUUCCAACCGACUUUAAAAACACAGUUUCGAAAAAAAACGCCCUCAAAGACGGCGCACUGAGCCUAGCUGGCCUCGAGCGCACAAGUUUUCAAGGUUGUAUACCGAAACUAUUACUUCGAUCUACUUGAACAUUUAGGACAAUAUUCUAGAGGUGUUGUAGAAUUUAAUAAGACAAUAAAAAGAUCGAUUUUUUGAAACACGUAAACCCAUGUAACCCCUUAAAAACUAACACAAAAAUGUAACGGAUUUUCAUUUUCAAAACUUGAAUCCGCGAAAAGCCAAAAUAUGACCAAAAAGUUACUCUGCUCCCGCGCGCUGUAUGUACACCGAAAUUUCAGUAACUUAAAUACAAUAACAAAAAUUAUAUUUUCGUAUUUCAAGCCAGCCACCAAUUUUAAUUUUGAAUAUACUUACCAGCUGUUCAAAUUUGAACCGAAUUGGCCCACUUAAACUAAGCAUAUGAAUGUUAUAAUAAAUAUUGGUAUUAAAAUACGCAAAAAUGUAAUUUUUUCACAGUCCGGAUCAAUUUUGAUCAGAUGGCACAUAUCUAUCUAUAACUAAUUUUAAUAUUGUAAAUACGUACUUGCAUGCAAUAAUAUUUCCAUUAUAAAUUAUUGCACAACAACAACAAUUUCUUUGCGUGUUUAGACAAUACUUAGCUGUUUUCUUGCAAAGUUUCAAAGUUAUUAUUCGUGGCGCAAUAUAAAAAUUAUAAAUCUUUGACAAAAAACUAAAAUAUAUAAAUUUCUCAUUAACAUUAAUAUCUCCAUAUAAGUACAUACAUACAUAAAUAUUAAUUAUUUGUGAAUGCGCCACCACAACUGAAUUACAGUUAAUUUUAUUUUUUCUAAGAAAGUCUACUAGGUCUCACUGUUUGUUUAUUAAAUUUGUUUGUUUUUUAUUUGCUUCAGUGAUAGUGCCGGGUAUUAUGACAUUCUUGACAAACAUAAUAACAAAGCAGUUCUUUAUUAAAUAACACCCUUUGUUGUUGCUGUAAAUGCUAUUUUAAGUAUAAUAAUUUUGUUUAAUUAAUAGAAAACAUUUAAAUUUCACAUUUCAGGAAUUCAAAAAAAAAUUUAAAGUUUUUGUAUAAAGAAAAUGCUACCCGUUCGCACGGUGGUAACAUAAUUUCACAUUUUUAUAAUAUGAAAUUCGUUGCAAAAUUUAGGUAUUAAAAAAAUUAAUUUUGUUUUGUUAAAAAAAAAAAAUUUACUAGUCUGAACGCAUGGUAUCAUAACAUUUUUGCAGUUUUUACUUAAAUGAGUUUUUAAGAUUGAAUUAAAUAUAAGAUUUUCUAAUUUGAGUAUAAGUUUUUAUUAAUAUAUUUAUAUUUUUUUACUCAUGUUUUUUUAUUAAUCUUUUCUUAUUAAUUUUUUCUUAUAAUUUUUUUUUAUAUUUUUUUUUUGUAAAUCGUUUUUUAUUAAAAUUUUUUAUUUAAAUUUUUUUUAAAUUAAAUUUUCUUAUAAUCCAUUUAUUAUUUUUAAUCAUGCUUUUUAAAUUUUUUCAAACUGAUUUUUUUUUAAUUUAAUAUUUUUAGCAUUUUCUUAUUGUUAAUUUUGUGUUUUCAGUCAUGCUUUUGAAAUUUUUUCAAACGUGUUGUUUUUUAUUUUUUUUUACAUUUUCUUAUUAUUCAUUUCUUGUUUUCAAUCAUGUUUCUUAAAAUUUCGAUCUUGUUUUUUUUUAUUUUUUAAUAAUAUUUUCUUAUUAUUAAUUUCCUAUUUCCAGUUAUGUUUUUUUUUUUUAAUUUUCAAUCUUGUUUUUGUUUUCCUUUUUUAAAUAUGUAUUUUCUUAUUAUUCAUUUUGUGUUUUCAGUCAUUCUUUUUAAAUUUUUUCAAAAUUCUUUUUUAUUAUUUUUUAUUCAUUUUUAUUUUUAAUAUUUUCUUAUUAUUCAUUUUGUGUUUUUAGUCAUGCUUUUUAAAUUUUUUUCAAUCUUGUUUUUAUGCUUUUUACAUUUUUUUGUUUAAUUUUUUUUUUAAUAUUUUCGUAUUAUUCAUUUCUUGUUUUCAAUCAUGUUUUUCAAGUUUUUCAGUGUAGUUUUUUUAAUUUUUUUUUUUAAUAUUUAAUUUUAUCUUAAUAUUUUCUUAUUAAUAAUUUUCUUUAUAAUAUUUUUUUUAUUAAUAAUUAUAUUUAUUAUUAAUUUAUAUAUUAUUAAUCAACCCUUUAAGUAACAUAUUUAGCUUGAAACAGAAUUAAUUGCGAAUUGAAUAGCAGUCAUGACCAACGAUGUGCCAUUCCCAUCAUGUCAUAUUGUUUACAAAAUCAUUUUCUCACGCUUGCCGGCAAUCUAAAUAAAUAAAUAUAUAUAAGUGCAUUUGACGUGUGUGCAUUUCCCCACAAUAAAUAAGAAUUCAAGAUUACUAUCAAUAGUCACCCCCAAUAAAAGCCACUCAAUACCCUUAAGACGACGGUCUUUCACAAAGCUAUACUCUCAAUAACUUUCUAUCGAAUAUGUGAUCAUUUGUGAUCGUUAAUUGAAUGGCUGCAAUUAAUUUGAAAACAUGAAAUGUACAAUACAAUAAAUACAUUUGCUUUGACCCAUAUACUCGUAAGUAACAACGGACAAAUGUACAAUUGUGGACACAAUUUACUUAAUUUUGUUUUAUUAUUAUUUUAUCACAGACUGAUGACUCUAAGCAUUACAUGUACAGUAUGUAUGUAGCAAUUAAUUUGAGGCUUAAGGCAAUUUCACCAACGGAAUAUUUAGAAAUAGUUAUUUUUAUGUCUGUGCGGAUUCAAUUGAAAGUGCAUCUAUACUGACUUGCUACUAUAUACAUAUGUACAUACAUAAAGAAAAUAUACAAUAAUAUAUGUCUAUAUUAAAUACAUGUAUGUAAGUAUGUAUGCAGCAUGAAAAAUAUUCUACUUAAUAAAGAUGCAUGAUGCAGUCAAAUUUACACAUGUAGAGGCACACACAAAUUAUAUUAAGCCUGUCGCAACCGAUUUCAAUUAUAACAUAUCAGGCCACACAUGUUAACAUAUAGUACAUA